AUGGCAGCAAAUCAGUCCGAGAAGAUCAAUAUUCGUUUGCAUUAUUGGAAUUGUCGUGGACGAGUUCAAACGAUUCGUUAUAUGUUAGCUGAUAUUGUUGAAAAAUAUCCAAAUGUUGAAUAUAGUGAAACAUUCGAGUUAAUAGAAGCAAAAGGAGCAUGGCCGGCUAAGAAAAAAGAUGCAAAUAUAACGGGACCAUUUGGAAAUUUACCAAUAUUACAUUGGAAUAGUAAACAUAUCAUUGCGCAAACAUUUCCCAUUGGACAAUUCUUAGCAAAAAAAUUUUCAUUGUAUGGUAAAUCAACUGAUAAUGAUACAGAUCAAGAGCUUCAUAUGGCACAAAUCGAUGGCGUCGUAUCAUGUGCUUAUACAGAUGUGAUAUUAAAUAUGUUGCAAAGCAUUUGGUCUAAUGCUGAUUUUGAAGACAAAAAUAAUUCAGAAUAUCGUCUAGGUAUUAAAAUAACCGACAGUAUCAAAACCUUAGAUAAAUUGUUACAACAAAGCUCAACAUCCUAUUUCUAUAAUCAACAAGAGCCAACAAUUGCUGAUUAUUUCGUAUUUGAAUCUUAUACAUUAGUUCGAGAUGUGGCGAUCAAAUUAUAUCCAUCGAAUGAAUGCCAAGCAUUAAAUAAACAUGAACAAGCAAUGAAAUCACAGCCAGGAUUAAAUAAAUAUUUCAGGAAGAAUUUAUUAUUCGAGACAAUCACUGCUUCGCCAACAGAAGACGAAUGGAAACAAAAACAAGGAAAUAAAAACAAACAGUAA